AAAAGAAGCUAUACUGUAGUUGUCGAUAGCAGUGGUUUUGUGUGUUGUGGAGUCUACUCUAGCUGGAGCAAAAAGGUGCCUUUUUGGUUGGGCGUUGCAUAGCUUCAAUGGACGAUUUCAGUGCUUAUUACGCUCCGCCAAUCCACCACCCUUACUACCAGCCCCCUCCGCCUCCACCUCCGGGAACUUCCCCUGCCGUCCAGCCCCAAAUCGUCGCCUACGCUCCCCCAAUUUACCCACACUCGUCGCACGACCAGGUCCGCACGCUCUUCGUCGCCGGCCUCCCCGAUGACAUCAAGCCGCGCGAACUCUACAAUCUCUUCCGAGAAUGCCCCGGAUACCAGUCCUCUAAUCUCCGACCCCCUACCUCAUCUAAUAAUCAGCCUUUUGCUUUUGCAACAUUUGUGGAUCAACAAUCAGCAGUGAUGGCUUUGCAUGCAUUUAAUGGUAUGGUGUUUGACCUUGAAAAGGGUUCUACUCUGUAUAUUGAUCUAGCAAAAUCUAAUUCCCGGUCAAAACGCAUACGAGCAGAUGAUGAGAACCAAGGAUCAGAAAAGAGAUUGAAAGGAGCGGUGGCUAGUUCAAGGGGUGAUGAUCCUGCAGGUCUUGGCAGCAUUCACACACCUGGAAUGGGUAAUUCUGCUUACAACACGAUUGGUUAUACUUCCACACAAAGUCUGCGUAACGUUGAUGGUGGGUCCAUGAGUGGAGCUUCUUCGAAGUCGAGCAGCAGCCCAUGUCCAACGCUUUUUGUAGCUAAUCUAGGUCCACAUUGCACGGAGGAAGAGCUGACACAACUGUUUUCUAGAUGUCGUGGAUUUAUAAAACUGAAGAUGCAAAGUACAUAUGGAGCACCUGUUGCAUUUGUUGACUUUCAGGACACUGCUUCUUCAACCGAGGCUCUAAGUCAUCUACAAGGCACAGCUCUCUAUUCCUCAACGUCUGGCGAAGGGAUGCGGCUGGAAUAUGCAAAAUCUCGGAUGGGAAUGCGUAGUAAGAGGUCCACCAGGUGAAGGGAUGCAGUAAAAUCGUGUAAAAGCCUCACUGGGCAAACUACCCCAUCGAGCAUGAUGCUUCGUUGAACAAACCUUGUUGGGGGUAUCUAAUGUUGCCUACGUCGUUGGAUGUCUUUCUAGAGAUGCGUCGAAUUAAUGGAACUUGGGCGAAGAAAAAAAUGUGAUUGUGCCUUACUUUUCUUCAACAACUCUUUGACUUAUGCGGAGAGUUAACACAUUCUUACUAUGUAAAAAUUUCCAAGAUGCCUAUGAUUAUUAGAGAGGUCUUGUGUGUCAACAUAAUUGACCAUUAUAGUUCCAUCUGGGUUGAUUACCUACUUUUCACAUUGGAUUUGAGAAUAACAUUAUUGAUGAAGACAGUAGAAAUUGUUACAGUGCA